GUUUAUCUCUGAAAGAACUCGACAUCAAUCCGGAUCACGAGCAGAGAGGAACUUUAUACCAAAUCCAACGGCUGAGGAAAAAAUAUACAACCCCCAAAGCCCAAAGGCCAAAAACAGAAAAGCAUAAAAAGAGAAUUAGGGUAAAAUAAAUUGUUUUUGAAAUUGCAGAGAAAAAAUCUUUUUUAGUAAAAGAAAAGAAAAAUAAAAAAAUUCCCCAAAUCCAAAAAAUCACACACACUCACACACAGUCUUUCCCACCAUGGAACCUAAUGAAAGUGGUGGACUUGGCUCUUACUUCCACCCUCAACAGCCACCGCAACCACCGUCCCCUCUCAAUCACGCGCCUCCCACUUCCUCCGUUAACGCCUCUCCCAACAAUGGAAUUCUGUCCAACGCCUCCAACCCCGCCUCCUCUGCCACCGCUCCUACUUCCUCUCCCAUGGUGUACUCCUCCCACUCCGUCCCUGCCGCGGUGUCCUCCGGCGGGUUGGUGGAGGUGAAGCGGAAGCGAGGAAGGCCCAGAAAGUAUAAUACCCCUGGCGAGGCCGCUGCCGCCAAGCGGCAAUCUUCUGCCGCCGCGAUUUCUUCGCCAAAGAAAAAGGACUUGGCUUUUAGCGGCGGCACUGGCGGUGUCGCUCCCUCUUCCUCUAAGAAAUUCCAUCCGUCCGCUCUCGGUGAUUCUGGUCAAUCUUUUACGCCUCAUAUCAUAAAUGUGGUUGCUGGAGAAGACGUGAGGCAGAAAAUUAGGAUGUUCAUGCAACAAAGCAAACGUGAGAUUUGUAUUAUCUCGGCUUCAGGUUAUGUAUCUAAUGUAACUUUGCGCCAGCCAUCUGCCUCUGGAGGCAAUGUUUCGUAUGAGGGGCAGUUUCACAUCAAUACUCUGAGUGGAUCCUAUGUGCGCACUGAGCACGGAGAACGGACUGGAGGGUUAAGUAUUUGUGUGUCUACUAGUGAUGGGCAAAUCCUUGGAGGUGGAGUUGAUGGACCUCUUAUGGCUGCAGGUCCGAUCCAGGUCGUGGUUGCAACAUUUGUUAUGGAAGUGAAAAAGGAGGUGGUAAGUGGUGCAAGAGGAGGUGAAGCCUCAGGGGGUAAGUCCCCGUCACCAAUCGGCGGGGCAUCAAAUUCAGGUGUAAGCAUGUGGCACAUUGAUUCUUCUUACCCGAGUAUUGGUGGCAGUCAGUUUAUGAUUCAGAGUCAGCCUCAGUCUCAGUCGGAGCUUGCAAGCACCUUCACCGUUGACGGAUUGGAAGGAGCAUCCCAGUCAGACUUUGCAGCAAUCUUUCCAAAAUGGCAACAUCCACGAUCACAAUCCAAAUUAGAUAAUGACACCUGAGGCACUGCUGUCUUUGCAUAUAUGUUUAGGAUGUAGAGAGAGUGUCGGAGACCCCCUUAAAUUUGUGCCCAGCAGUAGUAGUUAGUUAAAUUUUAUGAUAUUUGUACAGGUUAUAUGGAGCAUCUUGUCAAAUCUGAUUGGCUAUUGUUUUUAUUUGGGCUUUUUUUUUGUUUUUUCAGGCUUAUGAACCCUCACAUUUGUGAACUCAUUUUAACCCUUCUUCUUUGACUUUAAUUACCCAACCUUCAGGAAGGUUUUGUCUAUAUAGUUCAUCUACCAAUCUGCUUUGUGGAGUAUGUUUAGCUUUCUGUAAGACUGUAAGAUCUGCUGCAUUAGUGCUGAACAGUGAACACAGAUCAGUUUGGUAGUAUUAUUUUAACAGGAAGAAAAGAAAAAUUGGUAGCA